UGUAUUUCUUCCAUUUUUAUGACCAGGGUCGUCUCUAAAAUAAGAGGAGCCCGUUACAUUUACAAGAAUCUUUAUCUUCCUCUAAAAUUCUGAAUCAAAGAGAAAGGAGAUUCCUUUGCCACGUGGCUUCCACCUUCCACCUUGCACCUUCCUAUUCAAGGAGUGGAGGAGGCUCAGCUUGCUGCUUACUUAAAUAUUCUCCUAUACGACAACUGGCCAUGCCGGAACUGCCGGAGGUAUAAGUCGAACACGAUCUAGAUGGUGAUGCAGGUAAGCGGUUGUGGUGUGGGAAGUGUGAGUGUAACAGCAAAUAGAAUUGUGGGUAUUGAAAGAUGGAGGAUGGAAGCGUCGCCAACCCUCCUCCGAUUCCGUCACUUUGACUUGAAUAUUUCCUCAUUCUCAUCUUCUUCCUAUCAUGGAUGCUCCCCUUCGCAAUCGUCUUGGACCUUUCCGUUACGAUUCAACAUCCGGAACAGUUCCGAUAAGAAAACCGCCGUCAGUAUCAGCACCGUUAAGAGAGGACGACGCACCGGCAACAACAACAAGAAGAAGAAUCGUACGGAAAUCACAGGUGAACCUGUGGUGGCUGAUAAUUACUCAGAAAUCAGAGGAAAGCAGGAAGACAGAGCCGAAGAUAGACCAUUCAGCGUGCGUAGUUUAUCCCAAAACGGUGAUCCUCUUGGCAGGAAAGAUUUGGGGAAAUCUGUGGUUAAGUGGAUAAGCCAAGGGAUGAAAGCAAUGGCCACCGAUUUUGGGGAGGCGGAGUUGCAGGGAGAGUUUUCCGAGGUCAGACAGCGAAUGGGUCCAGGUCUCACCUUCGUUAUACAAGCUCAGCCUUACCUUGGCGCCAUUCCAAUGCCCUCCGGCCUUGAAUCUGUAUGCUUGAAAGCCUGCACACACUACCCUACACUCUUCGAUCAUUUCCAGAGAGAGCUAAGGGAUGCUCUUCAACAACUUCAGCACAAAUCCUUAAUUGAAGACUGGCAAAAAACCAAAUCAUGGAAAUUGCUCAAGGAACUUGCAAAAUCAGCUCAACAUAAAGCCAUUGCACGGAAGGCGUCACUACCAAAAGCUGUUCAUGGUGUUUUGGGCAUGGAAUUGGAGAAAGUUAAAGCAAUUCAAAACAAGAUUGAUGAUUUCACAGAAAGAAUGGCUAACCUCCUUCGUGUUGAAAGGGAUGCUGAGCUGGAAUUCACCCAACAGGAGCUAGAUGCUGCUCCUGCUCCUGCAACUACAACUUCUGAUUCAAAUAAACCGAUUGAAUUCCUUGUAAGCCAUGGACAAGCAGAACAAGAACUAUGUGAUACAAUAUGCAAUUUGGUUGCAGUGAGUACUUAUACAGGAUUAGGUGGGAUGCAUUUGGUGUUGUUUAAAGUGGAGGGAAAUCACAGGUUGCCACCUACAACACUGUCUCCUGGAGACAUGGUGUGUGUGAGGACAUGUGAUAGCAGGGGUGCAGCUGGAGCAACUUCUGGUAUGCAAGGAUUUGUGAAUAAUUUGGGGGAAGAUGGAUGUAGUAUCACUUUGGCUUUAGAAUCCAGACAUGGUGAUCCCACUUUUUCAAAGUUAUUUGGUAAAACUGUGCGCAUAGAUCGGAUCUAUGGAUUGGCUGAUACAGUUACAUAUGAGCGCAAUUGUGAAGCUUUAAUGAUGCUACAGAAAAAAGGUCUACACAAAAACAACCCUUCAAUUGCAGUUGUAGCAACACUUUUCGGGGACAAAGAUGACAUCAAAUGGCUGGAAGACAACAAUUUCACUGACUUAAGUGAAACAGAACUUUCCGGAAUCAAAUACAUAGAAAAUUACGAUAACGCCCAAAGAAAGGCAAUUGCGUUAGGUUUGAACCAGAAACGUCCCGUUUUAAUCAUCCAAGGUCCACCUGGCACUGGAAAAACUGGUCUGUUAAAGGAAUUAAUAGUCCGUGCUGUUCAACAGGGUGAAAGGGUGUUAGUAACAGCACCUACAAAUGCUGCUGUUGAUAACAUGGUUGAGAAAUUAUCAGAUGUGGGGAUCAACAUAGUAAGAGUUGGUAAUCCUGCGAGAAUAUCUCCAGUUGUUGCUUCGAAAUCUUUAGUUGAGAUUGUGAAUGUGAAGCUUUCAAAAUUUCGAUCUGAACUUGAACGAAAGAAGUCGGAUCUCAGAAAAGAUCUGAGACAAUGUCUGAAAGACGAUUCAUUAGCAGCUGGAAUUCGCCAGCUGUUGAAACAAUUAGGGAAGGCGUAUAAGAAAAAAGAAAAAGAAAUGGUGAAGGAGAUUUUGGUCAAUGCACACGUUGUGUUGACCACAAACAGUGGGGCAGCUGACCCGUUGAUCAGACGUCUUGAUGCUUUUGAUCUUGUGGUUAUAGAUGAAGCAGGACAAGCUAUUGAGCCGUGUUGCUGGAUUCCAAUAUUGCAGGGGAAAAGAUGUAUUCUUGCUGGUGAUCAGUGCCAGCUGGCACCUGUGAUUCUUUCUAGAAAGGCGUUAGAAGGUGGACUUGGGAUUUCUCUUCUAGAAAGAUCUAUAAGUCUACAUGAAGGUGUUCUUGCCACUAAGUUAACAACACAAUACAGAAUGAAUGAUGCGAUUUCAAGCUGGGCUUCAAAGGAAAUGUAUGGAGGAUUGUUGACAUCUUCACCUACAGUUUCCUCUCAUCUUCUUGUUGAUUCUCCUUUCGUUCAGCCCACAUGGAUAACACAAUGCCCAUUACUACUCCUUGAUACACGGAAGCCUUACGGAAGUUUAUCACCUGGUUGUGAGGAGCAUUUGGAUCUAGCUGGCACUGGCUCCUUUUACAAUGAAGGAGAAGCGGAUAUUGUUGUUCAACAUGUUCUUUCAUUAAUAUAUGCUGGUGUGAGUCCAGCAGCAAUUGCAGUGCAGUCGCCAUAUGUUGCUCAAGUGCAGUUACUAAGGGACAGUCUGGAUGAGAUACCAUUGGCUAAUGGUGUUGAGGUGGCAACUAUUGAUAGCUUUCAAGGGAGGGAAGCUGAUGCAGUAAUCAUAUCCAUGGUUCGAUCAAAUACUCUGGGGGCUGUUGGGUUUUUGGGGGAUAGUAGAAGGAUGAAUGUUGCAAUAACAAGAGCAAGGAAACACGUGGCAGUUGUAUGUGACAGCUCAACAAUAUGCCAUAAUACAUUUCUGGCGAGGUUGCUGCGUCAUAUCAGGUAUUCUGGUAGAGUGAAACAUGCAGAGCCAGGUGGAUUUGGUGGAUCUGGACUUGGGAUGAAUCCUAUGCUGCCAUCUAUAAGUUGAUUCUGUUGCAAUCUUCCAAUACUUUGUGUACAUCUUUCUUUCUUUUGGGGGAUUGGUUUAAUUCUUGUAUAAGGUUAUAUUCAUAGCUGUAUAUAAGAAACAUACAUACUGUCAAAUGUAAAUUGCAUUAAAACUUCCAUACAUAUAAGCAAUCUUGG